AUGGCGUCAACACGACGCAUCUCGAUAUAUCUUUUACUCCUACUUGUCGCUUUAUUCCUUGUGAGUGUUGCUUUUCCUGUUGCAAAUGCACAAGACCCAAAAGCACCAGACGAUGCAAAACAACCAGAAACUAAACAACCAGAGAAAGCACCAGAAGACGCUGCACCAAAGGAACCAAAACAAGAGGCGCCCAAAGAUAACCUUCCACCUGCUGAUGAUCCAGACCCACAACCACAACCUAAAAAUGAUCCCAAGGAUAACCCUAAACAACCGCAGCCAAAGCAACCUGAUGGUGGUGCCAUAACAAUUACAACAUUUUCUACAGUUUCUGGUGGUCCCGCUACUGGAGUACCAGUUCCAAAAAAACCAAAAGAAUCUAAUCAGAAUGCAGAAUCAAAUGAUGCAGGUGGUAGUGUUGUUACUGCCGCCAUUGUUGUAGCUACCGUUGUUGUUGCUGCCGCAAUUGGUAUUUGGAUAUUUAGAAAAUGGAAACUUACGCCUUCGAGGAAUUUCAAGGAGAAAAUUCAACCAGUGAAUUUUGCUCCACGGACGCAUGAAUCAGAUACAGUAUUCUUGCGUGAAUUAAAUGAACCGUGA